AUGCGACGGGACGCCGCGGGCGGCGGCCCUGGGUUCCACGACCUCUUCGACUCCGUGCGCCGCUCCAUCGCCUUCCGCACCAGCGCCGCCGCCCCGGAGCCCCCCGCCGGGCCCCCCGGCGGCGGGAUCGGCGUCCGGAUCAGCUCCUGCCUCCGCAAGUCCAGGGGGAUGGGCCUGCUCGGGCUCAUCGCCAAGAGCCCCUCGCCGCCGCGCCGCCUGCUGCCGCCGACCCCCGUGCCCGUGCCGGCCGACGACGGCGGGGGAGGGCGAGCGGACGAGAACCCGCCGAUCCGGUGGCGGAAGGGCGAGAUGAUCGGGUCCGGCGCGUUCGGGCAGGUCUACCUCGGCAUGAACCUCGACACCGGCGAGCUCCUCGCGGUGAAGCAGGUUCUGAUCGGGAGCACCAACGCCACCCGGGAGAAGGCCCAAGCGCAUAUCAGAGAGCUCGAGGAGGAAGUGAAGCUCCUGAAGAACCUGUCGCACCUCAACAUUGUGAGGUACCUUGGCACCGUCCGCGAGGAAGACACGCUGAACAUCCUGCUGGAGUUUGUUCCUGGAGGGUCCAUCCAAUCGCUUCUCGGAAAGCUCGGUUCAUUCCCGGAGGCGGUCAUUAGGAAGUACACCAGGCAGAUUCUGCAAGGGCUGGAAUAUCUGCAUAGGAAUGCAAUUAUACAUAGGGACAUUAAGGGCGCAAACAUUCUUGUUGACAACAAAGGGUGCAUUAAACUUGCCGAUUUUGGGGCAUCUAAGCAAGUUGCCAAGUUGGCUACUAUGACAGCAGCUAAAACGAUGAAAGGCACGCCACAUUGGAUGGCACCUGAAGUAAUUGUCGGGAGUGGGCACACCUUCUCUGCAGAUAUCUGGAGUGUGGGAUGCACAGUAAUUGAAAUGGCUACUGGUAAACCACCAUGGAGCCAACAGUAUCAGGAGGUUGCACUUCUAUUUCAUGUCGGAACCACAAAGUCACACCCACCAAUACCUGAACAUAUCUCGCCAGAGGCUAAAGAUUUUCUGCUGAAAUGCCUGCAGAAGGAACCAGAGCUGAGGUCUAGUGCGUCAGAUUUAUUAAAGCAUCCAUUUGUCACCGGAGAAUUUGACGACCGGCAGCCACUCAAUCGCACAACACUGAAGGAUGCUUCUGUCAAUGAGCUUCCUGCACAUGAUGCGUGCACGCCAACAGAGUUGGGGGUGAAUCAUUCUGGCAACUGGUCUACUAUUAAUUCCAACAGAUCAUUGAAAAUCAAACCCUUGUGGGAGGGUAGCUGUGAUGAUGAUGACAUUUGUGAGUUUGCUGAUAAAGAUGACCACCCAGCAGUUGGAUCUAGCUAUAAUCCUAUGUCUGAACCAUUUGAUGACUGGAACAACAAGUAUGACAUAAGCCCAGAGAAAAGUUCUCAUCAAUCAAGGGAAUUUGGUGGAUUAGCCAAGCAUACUGAAAACAGCAUGACCGAAAAUGAUUUUACCUUCCCUCGGGAGGGAAGUUGUGAAGAUGACGAUGUACUUACGGAGUCAAAAAUAGAAGCAUUUCUUGAUGAGAAGGCUCUUGAUCUGAAGAAGCUACAAACACCUUUAUAUGAAGAAUUCUACAAUACAGCGAAUGCUGGGAAUUCUCAGGGAGUUGAUCAACCUUCCAAUGGAAAAUUCAUAAAUAGUCCGAAACUACCCCCUCGCGGAAAGUCGCCUCCAAGUAAGAUGAGAGGAGGAGGUCCUGCAGCACCUUGUGACAAUAAUUUAAACAGUACGAUACCUGAGAGCUGCUGCAAGCAAUUCUCAAGAGACAGUGUAGAUAGCAGCCGGAUUUUGAGAGAAAUAGCCUCCCCUCAACUCAAUGAGCUUGGGGAUAAAGUUCAUAUUGAUGUCCAGGAUAGCACAAGCAUCAGCUUCGCUGAGAGGCAACGGAAGUGGAAAGAGGAGCUGGACCAGGAGCUUGAGAGGGAAAGAGUGAUGAGGUUAGCUGGCUGUGGUAAAACACCGUCUCCAAAUAGAGGGCCCAGCAGUGGGAAACGAGAGCGUCAUCCUGCCCACUGAAUAGACAGCAACACUUGUUCAUCUAUUUCAUCCCACAGU